AUGUCUAGUGCUCAAGAUCAAACACAUGGAAGUACACAAAGAAAGUUAAAGACCAGCUCACAACAAGCUACAGAGGACGAACUUGAAAACACUCGACCACAUACUAACCCCAUACCUACGCUAAAAGUUGUGCUACUAGGAGACCUGGGAGUGGGAAAGACUUGUUUACGUUCACAAUUUGUUCAUCACAUGUUCACCAAUGCGUAUAAGGCAACAAUUGGUGGUGAUUAUCUAACAACAACUAUUCAACUACCACCACUAGAAAUAGAUGAGCCAUCCACAAUGGCUUUUGAAAGUGAAAUUAAUGGAAGUUCAAAUGCAACCGUAGAGGAGACUCCCUUGACGACGACGACGCUGCUGCUACAGCCGAUGCUGUCGGCAAAACCAGCAAUUGAUAAGGUCAACUUGCAAAUAUGGGACACGGCCGGCCAAGAACGGUUUAAUUCCAUAUCGCAAGCGUUUUACCGGGGAGCAGAUGUCUGUGUCCUUUGCUACGAUAUCACCAACUACGAAUCCGUGUUGAGCUUAAAGGACUGGUUUUCUCGAUUUGUACAACAUUGUCAUGUAUCACAACCAGGUGUUAUAUUAGCGGGGAACAAAUUAGAUCGAGGGAAAGAUCGAGUUGUUGACAAAGAAGAAAUCAAGGAUAUACUCACCAAUACUACAGCAACUACUAAUAUUGGCGACUAUGUGUACGAUUGGGAGUUGGAUUUGCUUGAGGUAAGUGCAAAACAGUUGCCAACGGUGGAGUCGUUAUUCACAAGAGUGGGCGAGUUGAGUAGAACUUAUUUGCUAGGAGACGAUUACGAACGACGAAAGUUGCAAGAUUUUGACAAUAUUGAUCUACGUGAUGCGCAUAAAGAGGUAUCUAGCUCUAGUAGAUGCGCUUGUUAA